CACUCAAUGCACUACAAUUUCUAGUGGACACAAGGUAGUGAGCGAAGAGGCCGCUGUGAUAGAUACGCAAGCAGCUUGCGUUGAAGUGUGCAGUGUGGAUAAGGCAGAGAUGAUACGCGUUGGAACCUGAGACCGUCUCUUCGAGGAGUAAGCGCAAAGGAUUUUCUAGUCACUCUGUGGCCUCAGAGAGUGGUGGAUUUCACUGGACAGUUAAUGCUGCUUCAGAAGUUUAGGGGUGCCUCAAGGAAAAGGAGACCUGCUUUGUGAAAUCCCAUUGUAUGGGCCCUUUUAUCUUUUGGGAAAUAAGGAGUUGAUGGAAUUAAAAGGAUUGUCAGAGGUGCAGCUCACCACUCAGAAGUGUGAAGGUAUAUGACAAAGCUUUGACACUAUGUUUAAGAGAUUAACAGUGCUAGGUGGAGGUGGGGGGGUUUGAAUUGAAGCCACAGAGAAGAACAAGACAAAAAGAGAAAGCACAGAGGCCAGCCCUCAUUCCUUUUAGGAAACGAGCCAGUUUCAGCAUGAGUAUAUAAAUGGAAGUUUAACAAGCGCUGGGAAAUCGUAAGUGCUGUGUGCUUUCUCACUCCGGCCACGCCACACCAAGGACCGCAUUCUGAAUCUCCUCACUUCAGAUAAAUAAGACCAUGGUAAGCCACUGAAAUUCAUGAGUAUUGAAGAAAAUGGGAGAAUGCCUGGGCAAUUCAUUGGAGUUGCUAUCUGAUCAGCUGUAAGUUUAAAGCCAACAGGACUAGACUUCGAUGAACUUGUGGAACUGCUUCUCUAAUUGCCAUUUGUUCACACUUUGUAUCAUAUUAUUCUGGACUAAUAAUUACUGUAUCUACUCUUGUCUAACUCCAUACCCCAUCAUCAAGGGUCCUUGAAAUCUGUGAAAUUCUUGUUUCUGGACAUAUUGCACUCCUUGAGGCAAGAAGGGAACCAUUUCACAGUUAAGUCAUUUGCAAAAUUUUAAUUUGGGAACUCUUAAGUCCCAAGCCAGCAAAGCCUAGUGUAAGUCACCUCAAGAGACCAAGCUCUACACUCUGAAAUAUCUGCUACCAUGGAUACCAGCGUUGUAAAUUCUGAUCUUGAUGCUCUUAGAAACCACCCCAAAAGUGCUGAAAGUGACAGUGUAGUUUACAGUUGUUCAUCUGCCAAAGGUGAUCAUUUAGGGCAGAACUCGGAGAACCGUAAUGACUUACAGAAAGUACAGCCUAAUCUGAAGCCAGAAGGUGACAGCAGUGGCCAGAGUGUAAGCCCUCCUGUGGCAAAAGGACUAGAAAAUCUGAGUGUGGUGGAAGAUGCCCAGAGCCAGACAGACCAUGGUGAGCCCCGCUCCAGGCCCACAGGGCAAGGAGAAACACAGGCAGCUGAUGCUGUUUUACGUGGCUUCCUCCGAAAGAAGUUGCAUCGCUCCUCUGACCGCUCAGUAUCCAGUUCCUCUGCUUCCUCAUUAAACUAUUCCUCUCAGGAGUCUGAUGAAGUCUUCAGUGAAGAAGAUGACAAACCAGACAAGAAGAAAAUACUGCGGAAGACUAAGUCAUGGAAGACCUUUUUUACCAUGGUGCAUUGGUCCUUCAAGAGACAGAACUCCUGGGUCCAGUUGGCAGGUCAUGAGGGUAAUUUCCGCCCAAGUGAGAGUGGUCAGAUCUUGAAAAAGUUUAGUGAGGUGGAGAAUGCAUGCCUGAUAAAGCUCAUGGAAGAUGUCCUUAAGCCCUUUGUCCCUAAUUACUAUGGAGUGACUAAUUGGGGUGAAGUCAAAUAUAUAAAGAUGGAGGACCUGCUUAGUGGAUUGGAAGCUCCAGUUAUAAUGGACUGUAAGAUGGGAGUCAGGACAUAUCUGGAGGAUGAACUGACCAAGGCACAGCAGAAGCCAUCCCUUCGGACUGACAUGUAUGAAAAGAUGCUGAAAGUGGAUCCUAGUGCCCCAACAGAACAAGAGCAUGCCCAGCAUGCUGUGACCAAGCCACGGUACAUGCAGUGGAGGGAGACCAUGAGUUCUACAGCUACUCUGGGCUUCAGGAUUGAAGGUGUCACGACGGACAGUGGCAAGGUGAUGAAGGAUUUUAAGAAAACCAAGACGAAACAGCAAAUUAUUGAUGCAUUUGUGAUGUUCACCAAGAGCAAACAACAAAUCUUGAACUCAUAUCUGGCUCGCCUCCUGGACCUGGAGAACAUUCUGAAGACAUCAACGUUCUUCAAAACCCAUGAGGUAAUUGGCAGCUCCCUUCUUUUUGUCCAUGACCAGAAAGGAAAGGCAAAUGUGUGGAUGAUCGAUUUUGGCAAGACUGUUCCCAUUCCCAGUGGUGGGACAUUAUGCCACGAUUUACCUUGGGUAGAGGGAAAUCGAGAGGACGGCUACUUGAUUGGCCUGGGCAAUCUAAUCCAGACUGUCCGAGACACACUACGUCAGAUCCAAGAUGUUGCAGAAUUGGAGGAAACUGACAUGGAGACAGUUUCCAGCACCAAACAGGAAAUGCCAACCUUUGAAAGGAGGGCAGCUGCCAAUGAGUGCUAAGGGUGUGUAGAAUGAGGGA